AUGGAAGAUAAAAUUAUGCAAAUGUUGCAGUCGUUGUCGUAUCAGUUGGAAAAACAAGAUGAAGCGCUUUCUUUGCUCGAAGCAGAGCAAAACAUCUUGGCAUCCAAAGCUAUCAAGCAAGUUGAGAGUUCGCAGGUUUCAGUGUUGGAUCGCGUCAAGGAUAUUUCAUCAUCUUCCGCUCUUGCCUCUGAUAUUUUGUCGUCCGUAAAAUCUUCCAUUCCCCAGUCGAAUAAAUUAUGUAAGUCGCUUCCAUCAGUCGUGUCGCAGUCGCAGUUAUGGUCGCAGUCGAGGUUAAAGUCGCAGUCGAAGUCGUAUUCAAGGUCGUCGUUGUCGUGUUUUAAAUGUAAGGGUUCGCACACGAUGAGAUAUUGUGAAGAGUUUAGAGCUCUUCAGCCGCAAGAACGAAUGAAGUUUGUAAACCAACGUCGGAUUUGUUCUUGUUGUCUGUCGUCGAAAUGUCAUCCAUGGCAGAAGUGUCCAACCAUUCGAACUUGCAACUUGAAUGGUUGCGACGAAAAACACCAUCGGAUGUUACAUAGGAGAUACAGUGGAAGUUCUGUUUCGGAUUCGAGAGUGGCGUCGAAUUCCGAAGCAGAACAACAUCUUCGUGGUCUGCCGAUCCCCAGUCUCGAGAAUGCGGUUCCAAAAGUUCUCAUUGGAAUUCGUCAUUCUAAGUACCUGGUUCCAGUUCAGAGUUUUGUCGGUCAGCAAGAUGAUCCAGUCGCUUGUCGUACGCAUUUUGGUUGGACUGUUUUCGGAGUUUCCAACCCGAGUUUUGGAAAAUCUUCGACUCCAGAUGUGCACUUGUCAAUCAACAAAGUCGUAAAGUCUGAAGUUGCAGCACCUGAAGUACGAAGUUCGGAAGUCAGCAUCGAAAGAAAUGUCGCUAAGUAUUCAAGUAAAUUUUUCAUUACUAAACUUUUGCUCUGCGUCUUGAAAGAUCAUUGUCAUGUUGUAACUCAUGUACUGAUUAAAGGCCGUUCGAAUGCUAAGAAAUGUUCAGCUGCUGGUGCACUCAUGCAAUUAGGUUAA